AUGUACUCGGUUGCGACUCGGAGUGGGAUGACUCUAGAUGAUGGUGCUAGGCUAGUUGAUGCUCCUUGCUCUAUGGGCGAGGAUUCUAAGGGGAAUGAGUCUCCGGACUGUGAUAUUGCGGAAGAGGAGUCUCAUGUCGAUGGUGUGAUUGAUUGUGUUAAGUCGACGGGGACUACUCUUCCUCCUCUUCCAAUUCCUCCUCUCCCCUACCCUCAAAGAUUUGCCGGAAAAAGGCUUGAUGAUCAAUUUCACAAGUUUUGGGAAACCAUUAGCAAGCUUUAUGUGUCAUUAUCUUUCACCGAGGCACUCAAGCAAAUGCCUCACUAUUCUAGAUUCAUGAGAGAUAUUCUUAGUGGCAAGAGAAGUUGUGAAGCAAAGGAGACCGUGCAACUCACGGAGAGUUGUAGCGCUCUAAUUCAACACUCCUUUCCCCCAAAACUCAAUGAUCUCGGGAGUUUUUCAAUCCCUUGUAGCAUUCAAAAGCUCAAAUUUGAUAAUGCUCUUUGUGAUUUGGGGGCAAGUGUUAACAUCAUGCCAUAUAAGACUUAUGAGAAGCUCAAUCUAGGUGAUCUCUCUCCUACCACUAUGUCAUUGCAACUAGCCGAUCGACCGGUUAUGUUGCCAUUGGGCAGGAUUGAGGAUGUUCCCCUCGUUGUUGGCAAGCUCACCUUCCUUGUUGACUUCGUCGUCUUGGACAUCGAUGAGGAUGCCCAUACCCCCAUUAUCUUGGGGAGGCCAUUUUUGGCCACCGCGGGUGCUCUUAUGGAUGUGCAAGGGGGACUAAUCACCUUAAAAGCGGGGGAUUCAAAAUCUAGCUUCAAGCUUCCCCUUGGUGAAGGAUGUUUUGCAACAAUGAAAAGUUGUAUGAAGGUAGAAACUAUUGCUUGUAUUGAGAGAUUUGGCUCACGUGCUAACCCUUCUAACAAUUUUCGUGUUUCUAAGUGUGAUAAUGAGCUUGCUAGGUCUUCUCUUGACGAUAAGCUUGUCCAUGGAAUCCCAAAGGUGUUUGGGGAUGAGUUUGAUGAUGUCGUGACCAUCUCCGAGAUAUUCGAAAUGCGUGAUGACGGUGAUAGUGGAGCUAACACCUCCGAAGUGAUUCAUGAAUCGGCAAAGAAAGCCAACGACCGAAGAAAGCCAAGAGUCCAAAGAUUUCCAAGGAGGAGCUUGGUGGUGGAUUAUUUGGUUUUCGCCUCUUGA